AAACACUUGUGACUGACGUAGCUACUUCAAGUAGGCUCAUGCCUCGGGCAGCGUUACUCAGUUUGGGACAGGCUUGAGAGAAAGCAGAAUCAAAAUGAAGCAGUUACUUGUGUUUAUCUUCAUUUUGGUCCUCCUGACUGUUUUUACAGACACAUCACCAAUUUUGAGUGAAAAAGAAGCCAAACAGGUUCUGAGAACUCGUCGUGAAGACAGACAAAGAAAAGCUGGUUUCCCUGAUGAGCCAAUGAGGGAGCAUAUGCUUUACCUCCAGCGCUUGGAGCAGAGAUCAGAAGAACAAUUCCUUGAACACUGGUUAAAUCCACAUUGCUUCCCACACUGCAACAGGGAUUUAGUCCAUCCAAUCUAGUGGAUUUACUUACCGCAUAAUUGAUCUCUUCACGUGCAUUUAAGAGGAUACGUACUUUGUGUUAAGGUGGACAAGACGACUCCUGCAUUGGUUAUGCGCUAGUUGUAGAUUUGAACCUUUUUGCAAUACAGUGCAGUCCUAGUGAUUUAGCAAAGCUUUCAACCAUAAAUGGCUAGAUGUGUUAUACACCACCAAGCAUUUUCUACCUGUAGAGAAGAAAAUAACGAUUGCAUGCAUGAAUAAAAAAAAUCACAGGUUUCCCCUAAGAUCUGAGAUAUGGGCAAGAAUAAAUCACCAGUCAGUGAUUCUAAAAGCAUUAGGAUAUGCUUUUUAAGGGUACAGCUUUAGACUACAUGAAGCCAAAGGAGCUUUUUAAGGGUACAGCUUUAGACUACAUGAAGCAAAAGGAGCUUUUAAGGGAAGGACUGUAGAAAAUUGGAGAAUGUAAACAUGAAGAAAGUGCCACCCUUCUGGACUUUGGAGGAAACCUUAAUUAGCAGACAUAACAUUUAUGCAACACUAAUCUAUGCUGAAUUGCCUGA